AUGCCUUUCUUUCUUUCGAAUUUAAUUUAUAUCCAUCAAUGUGUAGGUGCUGAAAGGUUUGGGGCUUCAUCAAGUAGCGAUUUAAAAUUAAGCAAAUCGAUCAUUUGGGAAGUUUUUUUUUCGAUAACUUAUCUAUCUUCGACUGUUCAUAUCUAUCUAUCUAUCUAUCUAUCUAUCUAUCUAUCUAUCUAUCUAUCUAUCUAUCUAUCUCAGUCUGUUCAUAUCUAUCUAUCUAUCUAUCUAUCUAUCUAUCUAUCUAUCUAUCUAUCUAUCUAUCUAUCUAUCUCAGCCUGUUCAUAUCUAUCUAUCUCAGUCUGUUUCUAUCUAUCUAUGUAUAAUAUGUAUAUCUAUCUAUCUAUCUAUCUAUCUAUCUAUCUAUCUAUCUAUCUAUGUGAGUGGAGCGGUUCUCUUUGUAAUUCACCGCACUCUUCCUCGCCAACUUGUGCGAAGAGAGAUGAAAAGAAGGGGAUAGCGUUUGUUUUAACCGUUGGCGCCAUCAUAUUUUCUUUCGGUUUUCUUUCUGCUGGAAGAUGCUGUUGGUCAUCAUUGGCUGCUGCUAUGUACAGAACUCCAACAGUUAAUCAUUUGAAUGUUUCUGACCGGUGGAUUGCUUUAUUUAUCUAUCUAUCUAUCUAUCUAUCUAUCUAUCUAUCUAUCUAUCAGUGUAUUUAUAUCUAUCUCAUUAGAGCUUUUUUAUUUUUUUUAUUUUCGUUUUAA